AUGCACAAUUUCAACUAAUAUUGCCAAAUACAUACCAAAUAUUUAGUCAAUAAUAUUUGCAUAGAUCCUAAUGAUCUCAAAAGAAAAUAUUGUAAAAUUUGUCAAUUUUAUCAUAAUGCUGACCCUAGUUAAUUCCUUUCCAGUUUUGAAUUUUAAGAAAAAUAUAUCAUAGAAUUAAGAAACAAAAUAGAAUAAUAUAAAAAAUCUAAUUAAUCCAAUCUUUCCAAAUUUGAUAAUAUUAGAAAGACUUUAGAGAGUCAGAUUGAACGCAUUUAAAAAAAGUUUGUUUAGGUGAAACAACACAUUUAGGAUAUUGAAAUUAAUCUCUCCAAUUAUGAGAAUUUAUUAUUGAAAUACUUUUCUCCUGAUGAAUUUUCAUCUGGGGACUUGGACAAAAUUGUUCAUUUGAAAGAUGGAAAAGAGUUAGAUAAAGUUGAAGAAAAAUUGAAAUCACUUCAGAGCUAAUUUGAUGAAAUUCAAUCCUGUUUAAUCUAUAAUUUAGAAAAAAUCAACAGAAGUUUAAAUUUCGAUUUCAAAAUAGCAGUCAAUAAGGACGAAGUAAGAAGGAAAGUUAUGGAAUAACAUACAAAAAAGAUUUACAAAUAUCUAGUUUGA